CAUUUAACAAACGGCAGGGCGUUCAAACAUAUGACGUGGCGUUGAGUGUUGGCUACACACGCGCUCCGCUUCUUUGAUCAGUCUUCCUCGAGAAGCUUAGAAUAAUAGUAGUACACAGAGGGGACUCGUGGGUUCGUGAGUCACUCGUGACAACACAAAACCGCUUCACUCACUGAAUAUCCCCCGCCAUUUUUCUCGCCUUCUACAAUCGGAGUGUUAAUGGCGUCUACGGCGGCUGAACAAGAUGAGAGAAAAAUUGCAUCGGCAGCAUCGAAGACGAGCCCCGACCUCAAAGCGGCUGCUGCGCCGCGGAUCAAUAACCAAAACGACGCUUCUCCAUCUCCUUCUCCGUCGGUGAACUCUAAGGAUUUCAUCGUCUCCGUCGCUGCUAACAUCGCCUCUCAGCCGUUGCAGAACUACGAUUCGAACGUCUGGGGAGUCCUCACCGCAAUUUCAAACAAUGCUCGCAAACGCCGGCAGGGCAUAAAUAUACUUUUGACUUCUGAUGAGCAUCGUCUGGGAAGGCUGCCGUGUCACGCCAGUUAUCAGAUAGAGUCAACUGCAAUAAGUGGGAACCAUUGUAAGAUAUACCGUAAGCAGAUAACAGGCGUUGAUGGAGCUAGUGAUGUAUCUGUCUUUGUGGAAGACACUAGCACAAACGGAACUUUUCUCAAUUGGGAGAAGUUGAAAAAGAAAGGUCCUGAAGCCAGGGUUCAGCACGGUGACAUCAUAUCGUUGGCAGUUCCUCCAGAGCAUGAUAAGUCAUUUGCAUUUGUUUACCGGGAAGUACUUGGAAAUAAUACUGCAGUUCACUGCAUGGACAGAAAAAGAAAAGCAGAGGAUAUAACUUAUGAAACUAAGAGGCCGAAGGGCAUAGGCAUUGGUGGUCCUGAUGGUCCGAUAUCUUUGGAUGAUUUCAAGAGCCUCCAGCGAUCAAACACAGAACUGAGGAAGCAAUUAGAAGCACAGGUGCUUACCGUUGACACUCUGCGUAACGAGUCCCGCGCAAUUGUGGAGCACCAUGAAAGUGAAAUAAAACAGAUUAAAGAGUCCAUUGCAAAGUCAUUUCAGAAUGAACUGAUUGAGCUGCGUGAUCUAAUAGAUACUAAGCAGAAGGAACUGGCGCAGGUCAACAAAGUAUCAGCUGAACAGAAGCAUUCCAUCGAUGACCUUGGCGAGAGACUAAGCACUUCUUUGCAAUCUCUCAGUGAAGCAAAUGAAAUAAUUAAAAGUCAAAAGGCAUCUAUAGAUGAACUAAAAAUAGAGUUGAGUGAAGAGAAAAAUCAAAGAAGAGAGGAAAGAGAAACUGCCAUUGCUGAACGAAAAGCUGCAAUGCAUAGAUGCCAAAUUGAGGCUCAGGAAGAACUGAAAAGAUUUUCUGAUGCUGCUGUAAGAUACGAGAGGGAACAACAAGAAGUGAUCAACAAAAUGAAGGAGUCAGAGAAAGAAAGGUCCAUGCAAGUGGAAACUUUGAUGUCAAAAUUGGAAGAUACUAGGCAAAAGCUAGUCGACUCUGACAAUAGAAACCGUCAGCUCGAAGCUCGAGUUUCUGAGGAGCAGCUUGCUUCUGCUAAUGCACAAAAAAAAAUAGAAGAACUUGACCUUGAAAUAAAAGUACUGCAAAAGGAUCUGGAGAGUGAAAAGCAGGCAGCCCGAGAAGAAGCAUGGGCGAAAGUGUCUGCCUUAGAACUAGAGAUAAGUGCUGCUGUUCGAGAUCUUGACGUCGAAAGACAGAGACACCGUGGUGCAAGAGAAAGAAUCAUGCUCCGUGAAACUCAGUUGCGGGCAUUCUAUUCUACGACUGAGGAGAUCUCGUCUCUGUUUGCAAAGCAGCAGGAACAGCUCAAGACCAUGCAGAGAACUCUGGAAGACGAGGAUAAUUGUGACAAUACUUCGUUAGAUAUUGAUCUUAUUCCAGUAAACAGAAAUCCCAACAGAGGUAAUACUCAGGAAGAUGAAAGAGCAACUAAUUGUGCUGCCAAGGCAAGCUCCUCCACUUCAGGGCAAAGGUCUAACAGGGAUGAGGUUUUUGAUACGUCGUCCUGUGAAGAUGAAGAUGCUACUCAGAAGCAUGACUGUGAAAUCAUGAGUCAGGAAGGCCAAAACACUCAAGAAGCAAGCUCUGACAAAGUCGCAAAGGGUGGAUUUGGCUCAGAUAUAGAAGGUGUUGGUACAGCGCCAGCGCCAGCGCCCGCUUUCGGAACAGACCUUGUAGGAACAGAGCAAGUCAAUGAAACCCAAAGUCCAGGAGAUGAUCAUCUGAGGAAGUCAAUCAUAUUAGCUGGUGAUACAAUGCAGAUAGAUUGUGAAACUCAGGUACAUGAAAGUAUUCAGAAUGAUGGAGCUGUUCUCGUGUUAAGGAAAACCUUGAAUGAUAGAAGGGAUACCCAAGACACAGAGGGAGUAGGCACUAUAAGAACGUCAGAUCUUCUAGCUUCUGAAGUUGCUGGGAGUUGGGCUUAUAGCACGGCCCCUUCUGUCCAUGGAGAAAACGAAACCGAAAGAAGUAGAGAAGAUGAAGAGAGUCAGACUCAAAGAAUCAAGGAAGUGGCUAUAGUACAUGACUCUGCCACUCAAGUAAACGAAAGUCAAACUAAACCGACAGUCCCUGAGGAGGUCCUGGUCACUAGAAGGAAAGAUGAUGCUAAGCAUGAAGCUGUUAACGACGAGACAAUGGGGAUCAUUGACCAGGGGAAAAUAAAACAUGGUAAUGGUUCCAACUCUGACACAGAGAGUUGUUCUGAUACAGAUGAUGACCGUGGGAAGGAAAAACAGAGUCCUGACUCAGAGUCCGACACAGAGGGUUCUGAUAUGAAUGAUGACAACAGAUCACACUCUUCGGAUCCCGAUAGUGAAGGAAGCCAUGAAGCUGAUGGGGAUCAGAAACAGGUGGACUCAAUGGACGAAGACGAUAAAGCCACUUAGCAAGAUCUUGCUCUCGGACAAAGCAUCUCCACAAUGUGAUGCAAUGAUAGCAACGAUAGAAUGAAGGGGAAAGGAGAGGGCUAAGCUAAGCUAUAGAUGGGGUUAUAAAUAGACAGCGGAAAGAGUAAGUCAGAGGAACCAUCAAUGGGUAAUCUGAAAUUAAAAGGAGAAUGUUUUGAUGGUGAAGAGAAGAGGAGGAAAAUCUCUUUUUUGCAACAAUUUCAUCAUUAUGAAAGCACUCUGGUAAAUUUCUUGACAUUUUAUGAUCUUUUUAUUUAUAUAGCUUUAGUGGUAAAUUUCUCUUAGGUUUGAAUGUGAAGUAUCCUUUUUUUUUCUCUCCUUUCUAUGGGAUUCUCGGAAGGAUGGCUGUAUAAAUAAUAGUUGAGAUAAUAAUAGAGUAUAACAACAUUAUAACAAGUUUUGAACACUUUUUGGAGAAGCGUGGAUGGG